AUGCAGAAAACACCUAUCGACAAAGUUCGUCAAGCCGUUAUAGACGAGGUUGAGGUCGAUCCCGCGCAAUCGAGAGGUCCAGCAUUCAUCAAAGAUCAGCUUCGCCUUAAGAUGAUAUUUGCACCACGCGACCUCAUUCGUAGCAUUAUGAUUGAACAAUAUCCCGGUGGUUUCGAUGUUCGCUUCCCGGGGAAGAAGAACCGACGUGUCAUUCGUGUUCCACUACGCGCCAGUGGUCCUUACCACGAAAUCAGUAGUGACGGUCACGAGAAACUUGCGCCAGCCGCUCUUCGAAUGGGUGGCGUAGGGUUUUCCAUCUAUGCCUACAAGGAUAAAUAUGGGGAUUCUGUCGAACAAAUGCGAGUUCUCCCUGAUGUUCGCAGCGCUGGAGCUGGUGGGCAUAUUUUUCUCGACUUUGUGGAAGACACUGGAUGUAUUCCCAUCCAGCUCACGACAGACAAGGGUUCAGAGGUUGGUUGGCCCUAUGCGUUCAUGGCAGCGUUGAGAGAUAUGUAUGCUCCAGAUAUCGAUCCAGCCCUCUAUCCAUUCCACGUUAUGAUCAAGAGCACACACAACACAGUUAUCGAGGGUUUCUGGCGACACCUGAAGGAUCAAUUGGGCCUGAACUUGAAGGAGUUCCUUCUUCGUGGCAAGACACAGCAUCUCUUCAACUCUCAUAAUCCAUUGCACGAGCCGUUGUUUUACUGGAUCUUUGCGCCUCUUAUUCAGAAAGAGCUCGACGACUUCGCAGACUGGUGGAACAAUCACCGUAUCCGCCAUCAACACGAGAAAAUCCUUCCCUCUGGCCACGUCCCGUCUCAUGCAAUGAACUACCCGGAGCUGUUUGGUGCUCUGGACUGCCGAAUCCGUAUCCCACAAGCCGCUAUCGACGAGCUCCGCUCCCAACUCACUGCAGAAGAAGGGCCGAAGUCCCAGUUCCAGUCGUGGCCUGGCCUAACUGCAGAGUUUUGA